AAUCAAAAAUCAUUCAGAUUUUAUCCAAAAAGAGUGAGCGAGUGAUAUUUUUUCAUAAAUUCAUCAUUUCGGCAUUUAGUGAGAUUCAUGUUAAGAGUUGUAUAUACAUAACUACGUGUGUACGCAUCAGAAGGUGAAUAACGAUGAGAAAAUAUUUUUAGCAAAUAAAGAAAAAAAGAGAAAAAUAACAAUCGAGCGCAUUUUUAAGUGGGCGAGAAAUUUGAUGCCAUCAAUAUCAUUUAUUCAGAUGUGAAAAGAUCGUUUAGAGAAGUGAAAAAAAUAAAUUUGCAUUAAAAACUUUUUCAUGUGACAAAAAAAAAUAAUAAAAAAAAAUUAGAGGAAAUUUAAUGCAAUUAUUAUAAAAAUGAAGGAUACACUUUGGAUUACAUUCAUUGGAAUUUUUAUAUUUGGUAGUUGCUCGAAUGGACAAUCUGAAGUAGAAGUAAAUUUAAUAGUUAAAAAAUAUGUUGAACGUGGCGGAAGCCUGAUACUGACAUGCAAGCACAACGUUGAGCAGGAUAAAUUGUAUAAAGUUACAUGGCUAAAGAGUAGCAGUAAAAUAUUUGAAUACAUUAAGAGUCGAGAGCCGCCAUAUCGAAAUUUCACCGUUCCAGGAGCGGAUAUUGAUUUUCAGAAAUCAAAUCAAAAUGAAGUGACACUCAAAAUAAAUGACUUCGAUGCAUCCGGAAUGUACUGCUGUGAGGUGUCUUUAGAGUCACCGAUAUUUACAAAGGCAUCUAAUGAGGAGCAAGUGCAUGUCUUUCUUCCACAAAAUCUACCGCCAACAAUUUCAUUUAGUAAACGACAAUUUUAUAUUGGAGAAAAGCUUGUGGCAAAUUGUACGACAGCGAGAGCUAAGCCAGUACCACAUAUAACAUGGUUAAUUAAUGGAAAAAAGGUUGAUGAAAUUCACACGAGAACUCUUCAUCCAUUCGGUCCUAGUUCGAAGCAUAAAUCUAAAUCCCAUCACGAGAGAAAUGACUUUAAUGAGCAUCACGUGGAUGUUAGUGGAAAAUCAUCAUUAUCAUCGUCGUUGUCGAGAGACGAAGAGAUCGACGAUGUGGAAGGAAAUCACAACAGUCACAAUUCCCAAAGCACAAGUCACAGAAGUGGCUACAGCUUAGAAAAUCAUGAAAGCACUGAUUCGUAUUAUAAAAAUAAUAACAAUAAUUUUAAUAAUAAUAACAAUAAAAAUAGGGAAUCAAAUUACUAUGACAAUAAAAUUUACGAUAUGCAUAAGAAGCACAGAAAUGGCUACAAUAACAGAAAAAUCCGUCGUCAUGUGAAUGAAGGAUCGUCAUCGUCACAUCAAAAAACAUCGCUGCAAAGACGACAGCAUCCAUUAACGUAUUCAAGCAGCCAACUGAGUAUUGAAGUGUCGAAACUUCAUGCUGGUGCCAAUGGACGCUUAGAAAUAACAUGCUUAGCAACAAUUCCAGCACAAAUUGGUAUCGAUGAAGAAUAUGCUGAUUAUAAAACUCACAGUGUUAAAGUCGAUAUUGACAACACUGAGCUUACAACACAACCGCCAGCUGCUGGAAUGGCCGCACUAGGAAAUCGAUCAUCAAGUAAAAUAAUUUCAAUGAAAUUUUCAUUACAAUUUCUUACACAUUGUCUACCAAUAUUUGUAAUAAUCAUGAUGAUAUGGCAGUAAGUUGUGCAUGUACGUUUUGAGUGAAUGGAAAUAAACACGAAGGGGAAGAAGACUAUAGUCAUGUAAAUUAUGUGAAGGAACAGCAUUUUUGGUUAUUUUGGGGAUGGAUUCCUUGAGAUGAUUUUUGGUGGAAGUCAAUUUUGGUGAGAAUGUGAAAAAAUUGCGAACAAAAAUUAUCUCAAGGAGAAUUGCAUGACUUAGCAUCUUUAGCUUAUACGCAUUAGUAUGAGCGUCAAAACAAUACAUCCCCAGCUAUUUUUUGAACGUAUCAAGACCAUAAUUUGUAGAUACAGUUGCAGGAGCACGAACAAUUUUCUUCAAAUUUGUAGAAUGACUUGUGAAUUGUGUGGGCAAACAUUGAAUGAACGUACCGAAAGAUUUUCUCGAUUUAGUUUUGCUGUAAUUUAAUUUUCUAUUAAUGAUCCAAUUUAUUUUGUUUCUCAUUCAUUAUUCAGUGACUAAAGGCUCCCCAAUGCAUUGUAAAUAGUAAACUUUUUGUGCACAAUUAACAGCCG